AUGCAAGUUUGUUUCCGGACGGUCGACGUUGUGCAUUCAGAAGACUGGAAGCUGAAUCCUUCGGGGCGCGAUAUUCGCCGUGUACAAAGUGAUAUCCGUACGAAAUCAGAACCCGGCUGUGACGACAAGUCAUCAAAAUCAUCCAGGGGCCGUGUACCAACAGACAACCAAGCCUGGGAGCGCGAGGUCCUCGUCCAAGUGUCCUCCCUGCAACAGACAAACUUUCACUCCGUGAAGCUACUGCCGCAGCAGUGCGAUCUAUCCGACUGGCUCAUCUCCGUGCGAUCCGGCGAUCAAGGCCGGGGUGAGGAGGAGACCAUCAUGGUGGACGACUCGAUGCGGAACAAGCUCAACCUCACGCACAACGCGCUGGUGUACGAUCACGAGCACGAAGACUUGAUCUCCAUGUUGAACGUGUCUCCGACGACGGCGGCCUGUCUGGUCAAAAUGGUAUAG